UCUUUAAUGCAGAUCUUCACAGUGUUAUUUAAAUAUAGGCCUCUAACUAUAUGGGUAAAAUACAAUUAAAGUACAUGCCCUGACCUGAUGAAACACAACAGUGACAUCAUGUUUUUAGGGCUUUGCCACAGUGGGCUCAAAGACUUCUAGGAGGCUUCCUGUAUGAUAACUCAUAUUUUUUAGCAGCUAAAACACCCACUUCAAAGCAUUUGUUAGCCUGAUUGAGAGUGUAAAGAACUGGUAAUAUAAGACAGGAAAAAAAACAUGAAAGAGAAGAUCAUUUUGAGCAGUGUAUGAGAUGAAACUGUACUAAAGAAUAAUGCUACAAGGAUGGGAGUGACUUGGAACCCACUGGUGGCAGUGGAGGAGGAAAUGGCCGGUCCUAAUCAACUCUGCAUUCGCCGCUGGACAACAAAGCAUGUAGCUAUUUGGCUGAAGGAUGAAGGCUUUUUUGAAUAUGUGGACAUUUUAUGCAAUAAGCACCGACUUGAUGGAAUCACAUUGCUAACGUUGACUGAGUAUGAUCUCCGGUCUCCUCCUCUGGAAAUCAAAGUCUUAGGGGACAUUAAAAGGUUAAUGCUUUCAGUCCGAAAAUUGCAGAAAAUACAUAUUGAUGUUUUAGAAGACAUGGGAUACAACAGUGACAGUCCCAUGGGUUCUAUGACCCCUUUCAUCAGUGCUCUUCAGAGUGCAGAGUGGCUCUGUAAUGGGGAGCCUUCACAUGACUGUGAUGGACCCAUCACUGAUUUGAAUUCUGAUCAGUACCAGUAUAUGAACGGUAAAAACAAACACUCUGUUCGAAGAUUGGACCCAGAGUACUGGAAGACCAUAUUGAGUUGUAUAUAUGUUUUUAUAGUAUUUGGGUUUACAUCUUUCAUUAUGGUAAUAGUCCACGAGCGAGUGCCUGACAUGCAGACCUAUCCCCCACUCCCAGAUAUAUUCUUAGACAGCGUUCCUAGAAUCCCAUGGGCUUUUGCCAUGACAGAAGUAUGUGGCAUGAUUCUGUGCUAUAUUUGGCUCCUGGUUCUUCUUCUUCACAAGCACAGGUCAAUACUUCUGCGAAGGCUCUGUAGUCUGAUGGGCACUGUAUUCUUGCUUCGCUGCUUUACCAUGUUUGUGACCUCCCUCUCCGUGCCAGGACAGCACCUACAGUGUACUGGAAAGAUAUAUGGUAGUGUAUGGGAGAAACUACACCGGGCCUUUGCCAUUUGGAGUGGCUUUGGUAUGACCCUAACUGGCGUUCACACCUGUGGAGAUUACAUGUUCAGUGGCCACACAGUCGUCCUAACUAUGCUGAAUUUCUUUGUCACUGAAUAUACACCACGAAGCUGGAAUUUCUUGCACACUUUAUCCUGGGUUCUCAACCUCUUUGGAAUCUUCUUCAUUUUGGCUGCCCAUGAACAUUAUUCCAUUGAUGUAUUUAUUGCCUUUUAUAUCACAACAAGACUCUUUUUGUACUACCAUACUCUAGCCAAUACCAGAGCAUAUCACCAGAGUAGGAGAGCAAGAAUUUGGUUUCCCAUGUUUUCUUUUUUUGAAUGCAAUGUUAAUGGUACAGUACCUAAUGAAUAUUGUUGGCCAUUUUCAAAACCAGAAAUAAUGAAAAGACUAAUUGGAUGAA